AUGAUCACCAACCAAAAAAAAAAGACAUCGGGUGUUGGGGAUGCAUACUGGAGGGCCGAGAACAAGCGCACGAGAGGGAUCUCCACGUACGAUGGUUCGGAUGAUGACGCAGAGAAUGUCGGAUCGACGGUGAAGGUGCAUCAUAGACAUCAUAUGUACAACAACAAGAACUGGGAGAAAUCGUAUUCAAGUCCAAGGUCUAGUGUUCACGGUUGGAGCGGAGUCGGAGUAGGGAGCUCCGGAGAGUCGACGACCACUGGGCCGAAAAAGAAUAUUGUUGCGGCUUGUCUGAUCGGGGGUUCGGAUAUGUGCGCCUCCCACGCUUCCGUUGAAACGCAAGCCAUUUUGUGGAUCGUCGGCGCUUCCACUAGACACGUGCAGCAGCAGCAGCAGUUCUCCUUGUGCAAGCAAGUCUUGCCUGGCUCCCGAAGCGCUGAACUUCAGCGUACAAUCCCAUGUAGCCCAGUUGAUGAUUGA